CGGCGGCGGGAGCCGGCUGCAGACGGAGCCGGGCGGCCGAGGACGCAGCGCGGCGCCUGGCGACAGCUCGAGCCGCGGGCGCAGCGGCCGCGCGGGGAGUGCGCCAAUGGGUAGCGCGGGACGGCGGCGGGCGGCGAGGCCCUGGCUUCUGCGCGCCGGCCCUGGCGGGGCCCAGAGGACCGCCGCUCCGAGGUUCUUGCUGCAGGCUGUGUGAGCUCCAGGCUCCGCCAUCGGAAAUUGCAGUCUUUUUAGGCGAAGGAGUGCUGAGGGACACUCGGUGCUGCUGAAGCCAGGACAGUGUCACCACAGCCAUUGGAAAGCACACUCAUCGUGGCUUGGAGAAACCGUGUGCUUUGAGGAUGCUGUUUGCCUUUGAUGAAAAAGAAACUCCAGGCAGCAGACCUUUCUGUCUGUGUUUACUGUAGUGUUGUGUGAUGACCAUGGAGGGAAGUUCACACCACUGUUGCUGAUGACUGCUUCUUGCCUCCGUGGACAUGAGUGAUCCAAGGCCAUCACAGGCAGAGAAGCACAAGCUUGGCAGAGCUGCCUCCAAAUUCAAGGACCCUUCCAGAGCCAUGCAGUCUGACGAUUAUUUUGCUCGGAAAUUUAAAGCCAUCAAUGGCAGCAUGGGGCCUGCUACUUUAAACACGUCCAGUCUGAGUGAGGGCGGUGGAGGUGGUGGUGGACCAGCCAAUGGUACCCCAGCAGUACCCAAGAUGGGUGUGAGGGCCAGAGUGUCUGAGUGGCCUCCUAAAAAGGACUGCUCCAAGGACCUGGCUUGCAAGACGCUGUGGGAGAGCCGUUCUCAGUCCAGCUAUGAGAGUGCCACCUCCAUCAUCCAGAAUGGCCAAAAUGACCAGGUUGACAGGCAGCAAGAGGAGCAGCUAGACCUGGACUUUGUAGAGGCAAAGUACACCAUCGGAGACAUCUUCGUGCAUUCUCCCCAGAGAGGGCUCCACCCCAUACGGCAGAGGAGCAACAGUGAUAUCACCAUCAGUGACAUCGAUACCGAGGAUGUCCUGGACCAACAUGCGGUCAACCCAAACACGGGAGCAGCCCUGCACAGGGAGUACGGGAGCACUUCAUCUAUUGACAGGCAGGGUCUGUCUGGAGAGAAUGUUUUCGCCAUGCUCCGAGGGUACCGAAUAGAGAGUUACGACCCUAAAGUGACCAGCUCCUUUGGGUUUCCAGAUUUCUUUCCCUGUGACACCGCCAUCUCCCCCAGUCUCCAUGCUGCAGCCCAGAUUUCCAGAGGAGAAUUCGUCCGCAUCUCAGGGUUGGACUACAUGGAUGGUGGUCUCUUGAUGGGAAGGGACAGAGACAAGCCCUUCAAACGCAGGUUAAAGUCAGAGUCUGUGGAAACCUCACUCUUCCGAAAACUUCGGACAGUCAAGAGUGAGCACGAGACCUUCAAGUUCACUUCUGACCUGGAGGAGGGCCGCCUGGACCGGGGCAUCCGCCCGUGGAGUUGCCAGAGGUGUUUUGCCCAUUAUGAUGUGCAGAGUAUCCUCUUCAACAUCAAUGAAGCCAUGGCCACACGGGCCAGUGUGGGCAAGAGAAAGAACAUCACCACAGGGGCCUCGGCUGCAUCACAGACUCCGGUUCCUGUAGGCCCGGCUGGAGGCUGCGAGUCCCCACUGGGCAGCAAGGAGGACCUCAACUCCAAGGAGAACCCAGACGCUGAUGAGGGCGAUGGGAAGAGCAACGACCUGGUCCUCAGCUGCCCAUAUUUUCGCAACGAGACCGGUGGGGAGGGCGACAGACGCAUUGCACUCUCUCGGGCCAACUCAGCCUCUUUCAGCUCCGGGGAAAGCUGCUCCUUUGAGUCAUCCCUCAGCUCACACUGUACCAACGCAGGUGUCUCUGUCUUGGAGGUGCCACGGGAAAACCAGCCCAUCCACAGGGAGAAGGUCAAACGUUACAUCAUAGAGCACGUUGACCUCGGGGCCUACUACUACCGCAAGUUCUUCUAUGGCAAAGAGCACCAGAAUUACUUCGGAAUAGAUGAAAAUCUCGGCCCUGUGGCGGUCAGCAUCCGGAGGGAGAAGGUGGAAGAUCCCAGGGAGAAAGAAGGGUCGCAGUUCAACUACAGGGUGGCCUUCAGGACAAGUGAGCUCACAACUCUGAGAGGAGCAAUCCUAGAAGACGCCGUCCCCUCCACAGCCCGGCAUGGCACUGCCCGGGGCCUGCCCCUCAAGGAAGUGCUGGAAUACGUUAUCCCGGAGUUGAGUAUCCCGUGUCUGCGGCAAGCAGCCAACUCCCCCAAAGUCCCAGAGCAGCUGCUUAAGUUGGAUGAACAAGGGCUGAGCUUCCAGCACAAAAUCGGGAUCCUGUACUGCAAAGCCGGGCAGAGCACGGAAGAGGAAAUGUACAACAACGAGACAGCAGGGCCGGCCUUCGAGGAGUUCCUGGACCUCCUCGGCCAGCGAGUGCGGCUGAAGGGCUUCAGCAAGUACCGUGCCCAGCUGGACAAUAAGACGGAUUCCACGGGGACUCACUCCCUCUACACCACAUAUAAAGACUUCGAACUCAUGUUCCAUGUGUCGACACUGCUUCCAUAUAUGCCGAACAACAGGCAGCAGCUUCUGAGGAAGAGGCACAUCGGGAACGACAUCGUCACCAUCAUCUUCCAAGAGCCUGGUGCUCUCCCUUUCACCCCCAAGAACAUCCGUUCGCACUUCCAGCAUGUCUUUGUCAUAGUCAAGGUGCACAACCCCUGCACAGAAAAUGUGUGCUACAGCGUUGGAGUUUCCAGGUCAAAGGAUGUCCCUCCCUUCGGUCCCCCAAUCCCCAAAGGAGUAACUUUUCCAAAGUCGGCCGUCUUCCGGGACUUCCUUUUAGCCAAAGUAAUCAACGCAGAAAAUGCGGCCCAUAAGUCAGAGAAAUUCCGGGCCAUGGCUACCCGAACAAGGCAAGAAUACUUAAAGGAUUUAGCCGAGAACUUUGUCACAACCACCACAGUGGACACUUCUGCAAAAUUUAGCUUCAUCACCCUGGGGGCGAAGAAGAAGGAGCGGGUAAAGCCCAGGAAGGACGCCCACCUGUUUAGCAUCGGGGCCAUCAUGUGGCACGUGGUGGCGCGGGACUUUGGCCAGUCAGCAGACAUUGAGUGUCUUCUGGGGAUCUCCAAUGAGUUCAUCAUGCUGAUAGAGAAGGAGUCCAAGAAUGUCGUGUUUAACUGUUCCUGUAGGGACGUGAUUGGCUGGACAUCAGGGUUAGUGAGCAUCAAAAUCUUCUACGAAAGGGGAGAGUGCAUCCUGCUCUCCUCCGUGGAUAACUCCUCGGAAGACAUCCGAGAAAUAGUGCAACGACUGGUAAUAGUAACGCGAGGCUGUGAGACUGUGGAAAUGACCCUGAGAAGGAAUGGGUUGGGUCAGCUUGGCUUCCACGUGAACUUUGAAGGAAUUGUUGCCGAUGUGGAACCUUUUGGCUUUGCCUGGAAGGCAGGCCUUCGCCAAGGAAGCCGGCUUGUGGAGAUCUGCAAGGUGGCCGUGGCCACACUGACCCAUGAGCAGAUGAUUGACCUACUGCGGACAUCUGUGACUGUGAAAGUGGUUAUCAUCCAGCCCCAUGAGGAUGGCUCUCCCCGCAGGGGCUGUUCAGAGCUCUGCCGGAUCCCCAUGGUGGAGUACAAGCUGGACAGCGAGGGCACGCCCUGUGAGUACAAGACACCUUUUAGGAGGAACACCACAUGGCACCGAGUGCCCACCCCUGCCCUACAGCCAGUUUCCAGAGCCUCGCCUGUGCCUGGCACACCAGACCGACUCCAGUGCCAGCCGCUGCUGCAGCAGGCCCAGGCUGCCAUCCCACGAAGUACAUCCUUUGACAGGAAGCUGCCCGAUGGCACCAGAAGUUCUCCCAGCAACCAGUCAUCGUCCAGCGACCCGGGACCUGGUGGGAGCGGACCCUGGAGACCACAAGUGGGCUAUGAUGGGUGUCCGUCCCCUCUCCUGCUGGAGCCCCAGGGCCCAGGCUCUGUGGAGUGUGAUGGAUCCGGGGAUCAUGAGGACCUCAUGGAGGGAGGCAGGCUUCCAGAAACCAAAUGGCAUGGCCCACCUUCCAAAGUCCUGAGCUCCUAUAAGGAAAGAGCGCUGCAGAAAGACGGAAGCUGCAAAGAUUCCCCCAAUAAGCUGUCUCACAUCGGGGAUAAGAGCUGCUCUAGCCACUCCAGCAGCAACACUCUCUCUAGUAACACCUCCAGCAACAGUGAUGACAAGCACUUUGGGUCAGGGGACCUGAUGGACCCCGAGCUGCUGGGAUUGACCUACAUCAAAGGCGCUUCCACUGACAGCGGCAUCGACACCACACCGUGCAUGCCAGCCACCAUCCUGGGCCCAAUGCAUCUGACGGGCAGCAGGUCCCUGAUCCACAGCCGGGCGGAACAGUGGGCAGAUGCCGCCGAUGUCUCAGGAGCUGAUGAGGACCCUGCCAAGAUGUAUACCCUGCAUGGCUAUGCCUCUGCCAUCUCCAGCAGCGCUGCAGACGGUAGCAUGGGUGACCUCAGUGAGGUCUCUUCUCACUCCAGUGGCUCUCACCGUUCAGGAAGCCCCUCCACUCACUGCUCCAAAAGCACUGGGUCUCUGGACAGCUCCAAAGUCUACAUCGUCACUCACAGCGGUGGUCAGCAGGUACCUGGGGCUGUGGCAAAGCCUUACCACAGACAAGGAGCAGCAAACAAAUAUGUCAUCGGCUGGAAAAAGUCAGAAGGCAGCCCACCACCUGAGGAACCUGAAGUGACUGAAUGUCCCAGGAUAUAUGGCGAGAUGGACAUCAUGUCUACAGCCAGUCAGCACCCGGCAGUAGUAGGAGACUCUGUUCCGGAAGCUCAGCACGUCCUGUCCAAAGAUGACUUUCUGAAGUUGAUGCUGCCUGACAGCCCCUUAGUGGAGGAGGGGAGACGGAAGUUUUCAUUCUACGGGAACCUGUCUCCACGGAGGUCCCUGUACCGAACACUGUCCGAUGAGAGUGUGUGCAGCAACCGGAGGGGCUCUUCCUUCGCCAGCUCCCGAAGCUCCAUCCUGGACCAGGCCCUGCCCAACGACAUUCUCUUCAGCACGACUCCACCCUACCACAGUACGCUGCCUCCAAGAACCCACCCUGCACCCAGCAUGGGGAGCUUACGGAAUGAGUUCUGGUUCUCCGAUGGGUCCUUAUCAGACAAGUCCAAGUGUGCAGAUCCCGGCCUGAUGCCGCUGCCAGACACAGCUGCAGGGUUAGACUGGUCCCACCUUGUGGAUGCUGCACGAGCAUUUGAAGGGCAUUGUGGUGAGGAGGGUCAGCAGAUUCCAUUCAGUAAAUUGGUCUGUACAAAGUCACGGGGCCUGGUGGCUCUCACCAACCUCCUUUCUAUAUGUUCCUCCUCUCCAGACCAGAGGGUGGCCUCCUUCUGCACCCUGACCGACCUCCAGCAUGGACAAGAACUAGAAGGGGCCCCAGAGCUGUCCUUGUGUGUAGAUCCCACCAGUGGCAAAGAAUUCAUGGAUACACCAGGGGAGCGAUCACCCUCCACACUGACUGGGAAAGUUAACCAGCUAGAACUGAUUCUCCGACAGCUGCAGACUGACCUCCGGAAGGAGAAGCAGGACAAGGCGGUGCUGCAGGCUGAGGUCCAGCACCUGAGGCAGGACAACAUGCGACUGCAGGAAGAGUCACAGACCGCCACAGCCCAGCUACGCACGUUCACCGAGUGGUUUUUUAGCACCAUUGACAAAAAGGUCUGAUCAGCUCGCCGCUCCUCACCGUGGGACCCCGGGCUGGUCAGUCAGCCUGCCUGCCAGCCUGCCUCCCUGUGGUCCCUUCCAAGUCGGCAAUGCAGUUUUUACAUGUGCUUUCUGUCACCUGUAGGUAGAUGUCUCACUGUCUGUCUGUGUCUCACUACUCACCCCAGCAGGCAGGUCGGGGGCCUGGACUCCCAGGUGGCUGCAGCAGAAGAUGAAUGUAACUGCUGGAUGCUAACAGAAGCUGAAUGGUUCCCUGACGAUGCUCUGGCCUCAGCUUCCCUUUGGGAGAGAACUAGGUGUCACUAACCUGAGCGGGUGACCUGCAGAGACGCUAAGCCAGUGUACUGUAGCGGGGCUGUCGGACUGUAAAUAAAUAGGGAGGCAGAUAAUCGACGUGUACUUUAAUGUUAAAGGUGCUCUAUUUUUUUGGAUGUACAGUAGUUUAUUUCCACAGCCACAUUAUCAUAGCAAUAAGAAGGGUGCAGUAAGCAGUCUGCAGAGCUCUGUCAGAGACAAGCCCUGAAGUUUAACACUAGCACGAACACUGUUGCCGUAGAGACGUAUUUAUUUGCAGGAACAAACGGUGCCUGAAUAUUAACAGUGUUCUGAAUUUUUUUUUUUAAGAAAAGAGAUGCGAAUGCCUUGUGAACAGCUGGACCUGUUGGUAGUCACUUCUGCGUGUAGUUUGCUUUCUCGUAGUUGCUCUGCUGCAGUCAGUCAGUCUGCCCUCCCCAUAGACCCCGCUGCUGAGUACCAGCAGGGCCCUGUGUACAACCCAGACCUGUUUAUCUUUGUACAGAACCUCUGACAAAGUGUCUUGUAUUUAACGCUCUUAUUUAAGCUUAUUUAACCCUAACUUGUUAAUUUUAUAUGAGUCUGUUUCACCUGGGCUAGCUGUAAGGCAGGAGGCAGGCAGGCAGUGACUGAGCUCACCCAAACCUGACUGAAGCGGGUGGGCAAGCUGAGGACCGGAUGCUGCUGGCUAACACGUUGUUUGUAUUGCUUCUCCAUUUUUAACUGUUAUAUUUGAGAUGAACAUACAUUUUGCUUUUUUAAUAAAUGUUCAAAAUAAGUCAACGUUA